AUGUGCUGCACGCAGCAAAACUCUCGCAUGGUGUGCGUGGACGCCAACAGGGACAGCGCAUGUGACAUGGUUUUCCUAUUCAAACCAAAUCUCGCCCGCCCAGUUGCACGACGCCAAGUGCCGUUGUCAUCCGAAUAUUCCCACACCAAUCAACACGGGCCGCGCAAAGCCUCCUUCCGCCAACCAUGUGACCGCGACCUCUCAUUCCCCCAAACCUCCCGUCCUCCACCAUCCCCUCGCCAUUAUAAAGUUCCCCCCCUCUCUCCCGCCCACCUUACCGUCGCUGGUGCUGUCACCCACCUCCCCCCUCGCCCCUCCCCCAUGGGCGGCAGCUCCUCUCACCGCCGACGCAACCGUCGCUUCUCUUCUCGUCGCCGUACCCCCCACGAAGCCGCCUCCCCCUCCACCGAGCUCUCGUUCGACCACCUCGCCAUCACCAAUGGCGUUGGUUACAACUUGCUGCUCAAGUCCGGCUGGCAACCGGGCUCCCCUCUUUCGCAGUCUCCGCCUCUGCACCGCGAGCCGCUACCGCUGCGCGUAAAGCACGGCCGCGGUGGUCUCGGCGCUUACCCCACGGUGCCUGCCUCUGACCCCGUCGAUAUCCCGCAGCCAGCCUCCGACAGUCACCUCAACUUGCCGCUCGGUGACCCCUUGGGCUCGCUGCUUUCCGACCCGCUCCGCCCGAGAUGCCGCUUCGAUGACGCCCAUGUCGUGCCGAGCUUGCGCGCCCUGCGCAAGCAUGAGCUCACGUGCCCGGCCAAUCCCAGUCGCGGCUCGCCGGUCGUCGACGCGCUCAUGGCCAGCAUGAGCUUGGCCCACUCGGAAGACGAGGAGGAGGAGGAAGAUGAUGAUGACAUGUCAGAUAUCUCGAGCGAGAGUGACACGGAGAGCGAGAGCGAAAGCGAGGAGGAGACUUGCAGGGGGAUAGGGUUUGAGAGGCUCGCUAUGUAAUGAGCAUUGGUUUUGACUUGCUCGAAUCGAUACUAUGGCAGGGAGCUGCCUACUUUCCCAACAUCAUUUUUUAUGGACUUUUUCAUCCCACGCAAGGAUGAAAGAGGAACGGGAAGUCGGCCAGCGUUUUGCGACCUGUCUUGUAAAAUGGCAAUCCUUUUCUAUAUUUCCCUGCCCUUUCUCUAGUAAGCAGCUGUGAGUAGUGGGCUUCCUCACUGUCUCACGGUCGUCGUGAGAUAGUACAAAGGGCGAGCAAAGUCAGCGUUCGUCUACCGGGCGCAGUUUCCACUGCCUCCCAUGUACAUCUUCAAAGGAGCACGCGCAGGUGGAACCGCAAUACCCCGAGCUCUUGCCUGUUCUCUGUGGACGUCCGCAACCGCCGGAUAGCACCCUAUGUAUUUACUGUAAUUAAUAUCACUGUACGGCUGUACACGUGUCUAUAUUUACAGUAGGGCAUAUCUUCCCACUGCCAACGUGUUGCUUACACAAGCAUUGUUUUUUU